AUGAACCUGAUGCUUCAUGCCUAUGGUGUCCAGGGAGAUGCCAGCAGUUUCAAGUACAUGAGCAACGCGGAUGGCACAGUGAGCUGUGAUGCAUUUCCUGGCGAAAAGUUUGACUGUGUGGUGUCAUGUACCGGCUACAAAGGCACUCCCAGGCUUUUGCCACAUUGCAUCAAUGCCACAACUCCCAUCUCUGACACGCACAUGCACCAGGCCCAUAUGACUGGUUGCUCGCUGCACAGUUUCAUGGAUGAUGAGGAGAAAGUGGCCAGCUGGAAUGCACUUGCAAGCCACAGAUUCGAAUAUCAGUGGCACCAGCGCUACGCGCAUGUUCGCCAGUGGUGCUCUAAGCAUGCUCCUGAUGUCAUGUUCGAGGUCAGAAUGCCAAGUUCUAAACAAUCAGGGACGUGUCGAUGUGCCCCCCCUGGUAUUCCCUGA